AUGCGGCCCUCUGUGGUGUGCUCGAGCUCCGGAAUGCUGCUGAACUUGGUGGGGAAUCUGAUCCUCGUCCUGGGUCUUGCCAUCCCCAACUGGCCAGGCCUGGGCUUCCCCGCAUGCCCUUGGGUCACUACGUGUGUUGAGUUCUUCCAGCUCUUCCUCCUUUGGUUCAUCUUCUGCCAUUGCCUGCAGCUGCACAAAGAUUGCUGGCCGGGCUGGUCGCGGGACCACAUCACCAGAGAGCGCGUGGUUCAAUUCCUGAGGAUGUACUUGCCAGCGGCCCUGUCCAUCGGCUCCGACUUCUGGCGUGUGUCUGCAAUUGGCGCCAUUGCCUCUGAGAUUGGGCCGGAUGAUUUGGCUGUCUUCAACGCCUCGUACCGCAUCUGCUGGAUGGCGUUGACCUUCCUGGGCGCCUUGGCGGGGGCGGUGGGCGUGCAGCUCAACAUCGCCCUGGGGAAGGGCAGCACAGCGGACGCCAAGCGCACGGCGAAGGUCGGCACUGUGAUGGCGGUGGUCUUCCUGCUUGUCCUGGGCGCGCUGGUGGUGUGCAUCCCGCGGUCCUUGGCCAAGAUUUUUUCCAACGACCCGAAGGUCGCAGAUCUCUUCGCGUACUGCCGCUGGCCCUUCUGCGCUUUCGUGGUGCUGAUGAAUAUGUCGGUCAACCUCGAGAGGAUCCCAAUGGCAGCGGGGCGCGUGAACGCAGUGUUCUAUGCCGGCCUCGCCGGGUCUUGGCUGGGUCAAGUGCCAGGCGUGAUUCUGUGCACUACCUUCUGGCGCAAGGACCUGUUCGGGCUGUACACCGGUGUAGCGGCCGGCUACGCCCUGCUGGUGGUGCUUUACGCAGGCAUUGUCAUUUGCCUGGACUGGGACAAGGUGGUGGAGGAGGCCCAGCGGCGAUCAGAAGCGCCCAAGCCGGCCGUGGGCCAAUCGCUGCAGCCAGUCAACGAUGAUAAUGAGAGAGAAGAUAACACAAGUCCUGCAUGA